AUGUCACAGUUUGAUGAUAUAAUGUCGGCUUCAUUCUCUGAUUUGUCGUUAGACAUCACCGAUGAGCCGACACAAGACCCAACCUCUGUCACUGCCGUUCCAGAAAACGACAUUGUUGUCUUUGUGUCAAGUCGUACAUUCUUGAUCCAACCAUCUCUCUUCGAACAGGUGAAAGGACUACCGUGGAGCGAGAGCGGAGGCUACAGUCACCUCGAUGCUGAACCACAACUCUUUGAAGCUAUUCUUACAUUCUAUCUUGCUGGAUCCUUUCCCGGGAGAGUUCUCGUAAAGGAGAGAAAGGAAGCGCUUUCGAAUUUGGUGUCACAUCUGGGCGACGAUGCCAAAGAACUGAAAGCUUGCAUCGCCCAAGGCGGCGGUGGUCGAAAGGGCAACAAAUUUACAAAGUCUCCUAUUUCCAUGAAGAAAGGACUCCGGAUGGGCCGCAGAAACUCCAAUGGUUCUGCUGGUUCUGUCAAGAAUAUUCUCAAGUCUCCGUUCAAGUCGAAGAAAGCAGCCGUCGGUGAUGAUGUCCAGCCGUCUAAGAUUGCUGACUUGGCCAAUGCUCCUCUAUUAGAUGGUGAGAGUGACAUUGGAUCUGAAGCUGGAACCUCGACUCUUUCCGACUACUCCCACAACGAAAAACCCCAUAAUCAUGAAGAGGUUAAGCAAAGGAGAUGGAGUCUAGGCAGGCGCUCCUCCAGCAAGAAGCUUCACGAAGAGUGGUGCCAAUCUGAAUAUAUCGUUUAG